AUUAGCUCGCUCGCUAAUGGAGAGUUGAGUUCUAAGACGAGCAAGUAUUUACAGAUUAUAACCGCAAAAGUGUAGAGGUUAGUUUUGGCUACUCGAGACGUAUUUAUAACCUCGAAUAUUUUUACGGUGUGCGUGUCGUGAAUAAUUACAGUAAAUCAGCGAUGAUGGAAAGCAAAGGCGACAUAGUUAGGGUGAAGGAAGAGCCGAGCGAUACAUUGACGAACGAAGGUGACGACAAUUAUGUUUUCGAUCCGGUGGACUCCUGCAAAACCGAAAACUUUGAAACAAUGCCAUUUCAUGAAUUAUCGGCCAACCAUAUAAAUGAGAUUAUGGAGUUACAAGAAAAGUUAGAUGAGAAAAUAUUUAUUGAUUUUGAGUGCAAAAAUGUCAAACCUGAACUGAAGUCUUUAUCGACAACUGUGUGCAAAUCUGAGUAUCAAAGUUGUCAAUCUAUUAUGAAACAAGAAAACAAAAAUCCGUUCAAUAACAUAAAUGAAAAAAUGUUGAUAAUUUCAAUAAAAAAAGGGUUUAAUUAUGAUCAUAACUGUCAAUUUCAAGAAGAGUCCCGAUUACAACUCGAUGAAUCCGCGGAGGGGAAAAUAUUUAAAAGAGGAACUCAAACAAAAACAACUCAUAGGUAUAAUUUAUCACAAAAAACUCAUGAAAGAAAGGAAGGUCUAAAAAGACAUAUCAAUACGAUACAUAAGAACAUUAGAUCAUAUGAAUGUGGAAUUCGUCAUAAGUCAUAUAGCCGCAAGGAUACACUUAAAUCUCACAUAAUAACACAUAAUCGAAGCAAACUCCUUGAAUGUCAUAUUUGUCACAAAUCAUUUGGACGAAAAGGUAAUCUCAGAACUCACAUCAAUGCAGUGCAUAUUGGUAGCAAACCCUUUGAAUGUGAGACUUGUCACAAAUCAUUUGUGUUUAAAAGUGGCCUCAAAAUUCACAUAAAUGCACUCACGUAA